CGGUGGAUUCAGCGACCGCGCUCUCCGAAGCACAGUAAUGACGCGCUCCCGAGCACCGCGCGGCUCAGUAGGAAGGCGUCAGGCUCUACUAAGGAGCUGAAAUGAGCCCUUCAGCGCGUAGGCGCCCUGCCCCCACCGUCCCCUCCCCAAGCUCACGAACCGCUCGUGAUUCCAGCCCAGCCGCCGGGGCUUUCGAGGUCACAGCGACCUCAGCACCGUCUUGGAGGAAGGCGGCGCGAUUCCGCGCCGCCUUCCCAGCAGCAGGAGCCAGACCUCAAACAAUACGCCAAUCGAUGCCUGUAUGAGACCCGUUCCGGCCACCCGCUCCGCCUCGCCAAGGUCUCUCGGGUCUACCCCUCGGCAGUCAGCAGCCGGCGCGCAGUUAGCACUCGAGGCAGCGCACCCCGGCCCGCGGGGGCUGUUUGCGGGCUACCGGCUAGCGCUCCCCGGGGGUCCCCUGCACGCCUCCCACCCACGCGCUCUGACUCCAGCUCCUGAGCGCUGUCCGCCUCGCAUCCUCCCUCUCCCAUUUUUUCUCUCCGCCGCCCCCUCAUCCAUCCGGAUUGGACUCCUUCUCCUUCAAAAGCAGUUCGGGUGCUCGGCGCUUUCCCAUACCCCUGCUCCGCGGACCCUUCGGUCUCCUUCCGUAUUUAACCUCAGCCUUCUGAGAGAGUUGCCACGUCUCUAAGCCCUAACCCCAACACACACACGCAUUCACACGCAGACACGCACGUUUCCUGUCGCUGUGUGACACCCACCCUCUGCCGCACGGCCGCGCGGUCCCCGCGCGGUGCCCUCCUCCCGCCACACUCACACACGCACGCAGGCGCGCGCAGAGCCGAGCGGAGGCAGCUUGCCGACAGUUCGCACUCGGAGGCGACCCGCUCCAGUCUCACAGCGCUGAUGGCAUCUCCAGGCUCCGGCUUUUGGUCCUUCGGGUCUGAAGAUGGCUCCGGGGAUCCCGAGAACCCCGGCACAGCGAGAGCCUGGUGUCAGGUGGCCCAGAAGUUCACGGGAGGCAUCGGAAACAAGCUGUGCGCCCUGCUCUACGGAGACGCCGAGAAGCCGGCGGAGAGUGGCGGGAGCGAGCCCCCGCGGGCCACCUCCCGGAAGGCCGCCUGCGCUUGUAAUCAGAAGCCUUGCAGCUGCCCCAAAGCGGAUAUCAACUAUGCGUUUCUACAUGCAACAGACCUGCUGCCAGCGUGUGAUGGAGAAAGGCCCACUUUGGCGUUUCUGCAAGAUGUUAUGGACAUUUUGCUUCAGUAUGUGGUGAAAAGUUUCGAUAGAUCAACCAAAGUGAUUGAUUUCCAUUACCCUAAUGAGCUCCUUCAAGAGUAUAACUGGGAAUUGGCAGACCAACCACAAAAUUUGGAGGAAAUUUUGAUGCAUUGUCAAACGACUCUGAAGUAUGCAAUUAAAACAGGGCAUCCCAGAUAUUUCAAUCAACUUUCCACGGGACUGGAUAUGGUUGGAUUAGCAGCAGACUGGCUGACAUCAACAGCAAACACCAACAUGUUCACCUAUGAAAUUGCUCCAGUAUUUGUGCUCUUGGAAUAUGUCACGCUAAAGAAAAUGAGAGAAAUCAUUGGCUGGCCAGGGGGCUCUGGCGAUGGGAUAUUUUCUCCUGGUGGCGCUAUAUCUAACAUGUAUGCCAUGCUGAUUGCACGCUUUAAGAUGUUCCCAGAAGUCAAGGAAAAAGGAAUGGCUGCUGUUCCCAGGCUCAUUGCCUUCACAUCCGAGCAUAGUCAUUUUUCUCUCAAGAAGGGAGCUGCAGCUUUGGGGAUUGGAACAGACAGCGUGAUUCUGAUUAAAUGCGAUGAGAGGGGGAAAAUGAUCCCAUCUGAUCUUGAAAGAAGGAUCCUUGAAGCCAAACAAAAAGGAUUUGUUCCCUUCCUUGUGAGCGCCACAGCUGGGACCACCGUGUAUGGAGCAUUUGACCCCCUCUUGGCAGUUGCUGACAUUUGCAAAAAGUACAAGAUCUGGAUGCAUGUGGAUGCAGCUUGGGGUGGGGGAUUACUGAUGUCCCGGAAGCACAAAUGGAAACUGAGCGGCGUGGAGAGGGCCAACUCUGUGACAUGGAACCCACACAAGAUGAUGGGCGUCCCUUUGCAGUGCUCUGCUCUCCUGGUUAGAGAAGAGGGAUUGAUGCAGAGUUGCAACCAGAUGCAUGCCUCCUACCUCUUCCAGCAAGAUAAACACUACGACCUGUCCUACGACACUGGGGACAAGGCCUUACAGUGCGGACGCCACGUUGAUGUUUUCAAAUUAUGGCUAAUGUGGAGGGCAAAGGGCACCACUGGGUUUGAAGCACAUAUUGAUAAGUGCUUGGAGCUGGCAGAGUAUUUAUACAAUACCAUAAAAAACCGAGAAGGAUACGAAAUGGUGUUUGACGGAAAGCCUCAGCACACAAACGUCUGUUUCUGGUACGUGCCCCCAAGUUUGCGUGUCCUGGAAGACAACGAAGAGAGAAUGAGCCGCCUCUCAAAGGUGGCCCCAGUGAUUAAAGCCAGAAUGAUGGAGUACGGGACCACAAUGGUCAGCUACCAGCCCUUGGGAGACAAGGUCAAUUUCUUCCGCAUGGUCAUCUCAAAUCCCGCAGCAACUCACCAAGACAUUGACUUCCUGAUUGAAGAAAUAGAACGCCUUGGACAAGAUUUAUAAUAACAUAGCUCACUAAGCUGUUUCAGUUCUCUAGGUAGACAAUUAAGUUGUCACAAACUGUGUGAAUGUAUUUGUAGUUUGUUCCAAAGUAAAUCUAUUUCUAUAUUGUGAUGUCAAAGUAGAGUACAGUUUAAAAAUCCAAAAAACAUCGCUCCUUUUAAAAAUCCUUUCCUGAGUUUAGAAUACCUCUCUAAAAAUUAGUGACAAAAGGCUGUGUUCUAAUCAAUAAUGAAAAGCUUAAAAUUGUUAUAAAUACUUCCCUUACUUUUAAUAUAGUAUGCAAAUCAAGCUUUAUUUUCACUUCAGAGUAGUACGAUUGAAUAGUGCCAAAUUGCCCCUGAAUCCUAAAAGGUUCUUUGGGGUGCAGUCCAAAGGAGAAAGUACAUAUAAAAUGUAUGUUGACAAUAAAAACUCUUGCCUUUUUCAUAGUAUUAGAAAAAAAAUUUCUAAUUUACCUAUAGCAACAUUUCAAAUGUAUUUAAAUACAUAUAAUUUUACAAAAGGAAAAUAUAUAUAUUAAAAAGAAAUCCUAUUUUGUAACAUAUAGAUUUUUAUUUUAUAUGGGUUAUACAAACUGCAGGGGCAGAUAUAAAAAUUAAGCCAGAUUUUUUUUUCUCUUUCUUUUAAUGGAGGCACAAUAAAACACUGAGCAAAGUUAUUUUGAAACAUAGGCCCACAAAAUUCUUAAAAGGUAUAAUGCCUUCUUUCUAUUCACGUGACGGUUUAUCCUAUCUCUAAAGUUAGUAUUACGAAACAAACACAAAAGAAUACUGCAAGUUCUUUAAAAUGACUGACCAGAUCGACAAUAAGAUUCUCUUCCCUGCUGAGUUUUCCGCCCAGUUGACCCUGAGCAGACCCCCUCAGUAAGCAUGGUAAGCCAAGCUUCAUCUUAGACUAAAACUAGGGUAAUUGUACUCUGCUUUCCAGUUCAGCUUGUUUUGAACAGAAGGUGGAUGCUCGUUCUGGAAGCAUCUUCCCAAAGAGUAUUCUUUUAUUAGGUCAUUUGGAUUAAUUAGAGAAAAUAAAAAUAAAAUCUAAUCAGCCUGAGCAAAAAGGAAUGAAGCGCACUCCAGAAGGUGGUGAUCCCAGAAAAUUAAACUUGGCCUUGAGAGAAGAGAUCUUUGUGUGAACAAUGAUGUCAUCCUGGGCACCAUAUUGUCACUGUCCAGGAAGGAGUCAUUUACCUCCUGGAUAAUUGCUUAUUCCCAUUCUUUCCCCUCUCCUACCCACAAAAGUUCCCAUCACUGGAAUCCCAAAUAAUUAAUUUCUAUCCCAUGGGUGGUUAUUUUCCUCUCAUGAAGUGAGCUCUUCACCUGAGAUUUUGAGACAGCAUCUUAAGGUUUCUUUUAUCUGCCUCUUGUCAAGAUUGAAAGUGACCAAGGGCGCCUGGGUGGCUCAGUCGUUAAGAUUGAAAGGGACCAGAGUCUGCAGAGAUAGGAAGAUCCUUAGAAUUCAGGAUAAUAUUUUAAAGAAUUCUUCUUCCCCUACAAACCUGAUGGAGAGGCCUGAACUAAUACAAGAGCUCCCAUAGAUAUUUGUGGGGCCACGGUUUUUCGGAUUCCAAGUACUAGUGUGAUGACUACAGACUGAUCUAUGCAGGUUGCAGGUACAAACUUAGAACAUUCAUCCUUUCUAUAUGUAUCUUAGAAAGACUACAGGUAUACAAAAGAAGAAAGAAAGAAAUGCCCUAUAAUAUAACCAUAAGAUCCCAUCAUCUGAAAUCUGCAUGAGCUUGCCCCUACAUUCUUUCUCCCACAUUAUAUCCAAAAACAUUGAUACUUGAAAUGAACAUAGGUUUGGGUCCUUCCUGUCUAGGAAGCAAAUGGGUUCCCUAUGAUGAUUAAGAGAAAACUUUUAUCUGUACCCCAGAAUUUCAUGAAGGAAUAAACCUCCCAUUCUAGGCUAUGUCUAAUGGCCAAGCAUCCCUUUCCCUUCUAGACAUGGGCCAUUGAGACGAAGCACAUAGCUGCCCAUCUAUCUUGAGCCUCAGCCCAAAAGGUCCUACCUCAGAGGCAAAGACACUAACUGUCAAACCCACUGUCCUGCUUGGAGAAGACAGUGGAGCCCAGGGCCCUGACCUGGACAGACCCCUCUCAACUCCAGGAUGCUUAUACCUUGCAGUACGAUCCUCUAGCAGAAGCUGCUGCUUUUUAACUUGAUGGUAUGAUGGAAUUAAAAGGAGAAGCAUUUGUGUCUGUGUAUGAAAUUCCAGCAAAAUAAUUUUUACAAAUAGGUUGUUGCCCCCACUCCCUGCCCCUUCCAAAUCCUUCCCCAAGUUGGCUGGGAGUCUUGCUCAAUCAGUGAAAUCCCUGCCAACCACAACCCAGGAAAGGAGGUAAAUAAAAGCUUAAUAGGUCCCAGUAUUCUAAUAAAAUAUUCUUUAAAGUAUGUCUGUAAUCCACUUGGGAGAGAGGGAGGGAGGGAGGAAGGUGGUUUUGAACAUUAGCUCAAAUUCCCAGUGCCAAAGGCCUUUAUGUGGGACCAUCCUUUCCAAAUUUUAGAAAAGUCUGGGGUUAGCUUAAUCAGAAUUGACAUGGCCAUUUUCAUUAAUUCAGCAAUAUUGUGUUUAUUAUUUUUAUUUAUUUUUAUUUAUUUUUUUUUAAAGAUUUUAUUUAUUUAUUCAUGAGAGACAGAGGGAGAGAGAGAGAGAGAAGCAGAGGGAGAAGCAGGCUCCCAAGGAGCAGG